AUGCCAUUCCGCCAUUCAGGAGCCUCUGCAAUCGCGGACAAGGAGGGGAAGGACACAAAGGACACCGCCGUCGAGGGCGGCGGCGCUGGUGAAUCCGGCUCAGCGACUCAAGGCCACGAGGCACCCGCCGGUGUUCUUGGAGCGGGAUCUUUCGACUACAUUGAUGUCAUCGCCGUGGCAGUGCGCGCUUGGUUAAGGGCACUAGCUAUUCUGCCAGGGCACAUGUUCGACGCACUGGUCUCCAUUGACUUGGAACGUCAUCUCCGAGCCGCCCUGACAGCUGUACAAGACGUGGAGUGGGUGUCAGACGUUGGCUUCGACAAGGCAUGCCUCCUGCUGGCGUCCAUACCGUGCUUCGUCAUUGCAGCGUGGUGUUGUAAAAGGGGCUCUAAAGAUACCCCAAGCGACGCCGACACAUCGCCGGCGAACUCCGGCCAAGCCUCAGCUGUUGACUGGAAAUCCAAGUUCAGCAUGUCCGAUAUGGCGCGUCAAAACAUUCACAGUUAUCGACAUGAAGGUGGCUACAUCUACCCGGGAGGAUUAGAAGCUGACCAGUUGUCGAGGGAAGAUGCGGCGGCCGCGGUGAUUCAGCGUUGGGCACGCACCGAGUUCAAGCACUGGCGUCUACACCGCACGUCGUCUCGGUCCAGCAUCGACACUCCACCGCCGAACAGCCAGCGCUGGAUCGACCGAGACUACGGCGCCGUAUUCAGCACGGUGCUCGAAGAUGCCAGUGUGAGCGCCGACGAUCUGGGACCUCCAGGGGGCCAGCGUUCCUCCGGCAACCAGCGGCCCUCCGAGAAACGCCCCUCGGAAACGAAAUCCGAAAGCGCCGAUGACGCAGAAUCGCGUCCAGAUAUUCGCUGCCGAAAGACGCUCUCGCUUUCCUCUGCGAAGUUUUCCAAGGCUGUCCUGAAGCUGAAGACACUCGAAGUCCAGCACGCUGUAAAUGUCCGGGCAUCCAGGCCAACUUGAACCUAGUGGCCUUACGGUAUAGAGCUUUUAGGUCUUCUAGCUAGUGGAUAAAGGGGCCGCCGCACAUCAAUA